GGCUUGACAACACCAUUUGAAAAUAAAAGAAGUAUCAACCGAACUUAAAUGCUGUGAAAUGAGCACCAUGUUGGGAAUAAGAGUGUUUAUCCUCAUCAUUUUGUGUUUGAUUGGUGAACGGCGGAGUGUGUAUGCCACAUCUACGACCCUUGAUACGACAACAUCGGCCUCGCAGACUGGUUCUACCGGGCAAAUACUGACAACAGAAAUCAUGACCAGUGUCUCGGUCACAACGGCUGACCCUAUUCUGAAAUGCCCAGAGCCAAAACCCAUCACUGGAGGCGCUAUCAUAUCGAACGGACCUUACUACGCAAACCUAACGAAAGUGGUGUUCGAUUGUUUUUCUGGUUUUUCGAUGAGCGGACCCAGCAGUGUUUUGUGCUCUCCAGGGGGAACUUGGGACCUCAACUCAACACAAUGUGUGCCGAUAAAUAACCAGCCUCACGUGGACACUGAUGUUAACAUCCAGAACGAAAGUCAAGUGUUGCCCUUCUGGUUGAUGAUAGUGCUGUGUGUAACCUUCGGUCUCCUGUGUCUGCUACUGUUAGCCUGUGUGGUGGCGCUGUGCAUGAAGAUGUGUGGAUGUUGGCAACUGCGUUGCUGCAAGACAAGAGUCCUGCAUUCUAGCAGGUCAUGGCAACAAACACCUGACGAAAUCAUCGUUGAACAAUCCAAGGUGACCCCUCAUACGAACGGCACGAAGCGUAAAAUUUCUGCUGCGAAGCCGGAUCACAUUUGGAUGCCACACAGUCACGAAGUGCGUAAUAUAAACACGAGCACAAAAUAAUGUCAAAAAAUGCCUACAUGGCCAAACGACGCUACAAAAACUUAAAAACAUCGGCAACAAUUCACGAACCCAAUGCUAAUAAUUUAAUUGACAAACAAUGACGUCGAAAAAUUCUCCAUGAAGUUAUAGAUUUUAUAUCGCAAAUAGAUGCGGUUUGUAAUAAAAAGUUAUCAAUUCUUCUG